GUGAUAAGCAAUAGCCUCCAUACACACAUCAUUCCAAGUCCCCUUAAAAGGCAUCUGCACACUCUGAUGAAACCAGAACACAAUUGGAUAGUGGAGUUGUUGUUUUCACACAGAGAAAACGAGUAAGUCUUCAACUUAUUUCCCAAUGGCCGUGAAGAAAGAUUGCUGUCCAUCCCCGCCAGUCAGUGCGGAUACCUCUUGCUUCGCCCUCCUCGGAGUGCUCAUUGCGCUUUACAUGCUGGCUGGCGCCGUCUUAUUUUCUUCCUUGGAGAGAUCAGCGGAAAUUCUGGCCCACCAACAUUGGCAAAAGAGCUUAAGGGACUUCAGUCAGGAGCAUAACACCAGCUACCGAGAUCUGGAAUCUCUUUUGCGCCACUACGAGAAGGCCAGGACGGCGGGCAUCCGAGCGGAACAAGGCAGAACCCUGUGGGACAUUCCGGGAGCGUUCUACUUUGUGGGAACUGUGGUGUCCACCAUUGGAUUUGGAGUGACUGCCCCAUCCACUAUAGCUGGGAAGGUGUUUCUCGUGUUCUACGGAUUGUUCGGCUGCUCGGCCGCCAUACUCUUUUUCAACCUUUUCCUAGAGAAAGUCAUCAGUGUGUUGAGCUUCCUCUUGUUCUGGUGCCACUCCAAGGGAAUCCAACACGACCGACUAGCGUCUCGUGGAGGCCGCAGAGGUGACCAGUGGAAGCCGCCCACAUACCAGGUGGCCCUGGCGCUUUUCGUUGCUGUCAUGAUCGUCACCUGCGGUGCGGCCUCGCUGUACUCUGCUAUGGAGGGCUGGACUUACCAGGAGUCUCUCUACUUCUGCUUUGUGGCCUUCAGCACGGUGGGCUUCGGAGAUUUUGUGAGUAGCCAGAGGAAGCAACACGAGGAGAUCCAAGCAUACCAGGUGGCAAACUGUGUCGUGAUGCUCCUGGGGGUGUGCUGCACAUACUCCCUCUUUAACACCAUCUCUGUGAUGAUCAAACAAGGACUCAACAGCGUAAUGAGGACACACGUCACAGCGUGGAGCCGUUUGCUGGAACUCAGCUAUCUAGCUGACUGCGUACACUGUACUCGUGCAAGUGAUGCAUGUUGUUGUGAUGAGGCUCAAGUGGAAACAGUGUAUCAUGGAGAACCUAUGGCUAAAAACAAGGAACGUGAGGUGAAUUGA